CAAGACAAGGUUCAAACACUAAUCAUUUUCUCUAAACAAUAUAGUUCCCUCUGAUUUUUACUUGAAAAAUAAUGGCUCGUGUACUAGUAGGUGUAAAAAGAGUGAUCGAUUAUGCAGUCAAGAUCCGUGUUAAACCUGAUAAAUCGGGAGUAGUCACUGAUGGCGUAAAGCACUCCAUGAAUCCCUUUGAUGAGAUAGCAGUGGAAGAGGCAGUUCGUAUGAAGGAGAAAAAAGUAGCAGCUGAAAUAAUAGCAGUCUCAUGUGGGCCUCCUCAGGCACAAGAAGUUCUGCGAACAGCCCUGGCAAUGGGAGUGGACAAAGGAAUUCAUGUUGAAGUGUCACCAGCUGAGUAUGAGACUUUGCAGCCUAUACACAUAUCAAAAAUCUUGGCCAAAAUUGCCCAGAAUGAGAAAGCUGAUAUGGUGAUAGUUGGAAAACAGGCCAUUGAUGAUGAUUGUAACCAAACUGCCCAGAUGACAGCUGCUGUUCUAGAUUGGCCCCAAGCUACUUAUGCUUCAAAAAUUGAGAAAGGUGAUAAUGAAUUAACUGUUACCAGGGAAGUUGAUGGUGGCUUAGAAACAAUAAAAUGUAAGCUUCCAGCUGUAAUAAGUGCAGAUUUGAGAUUGAAUGAACCAAGAUAUGCUACUCUUCCAAAUAUAAUGAAAGCAAAAAAGAAGCCAAUACAAAAACUAUCUCCAAAAGACUUGGGUGUGGAUGUUUCUCCUAGGAUUCAAGUAAUCAGUGUUGAAGAUCCACCAACUAGACAAGCUGGUGCUAUUCUGCCUGAUGUAGAUGCUCUUGUAGGAAAAUUAAAAGAAGGUGGUCAUAUUUGAGUAAUAAUUAUAAACAAAUAUAGUUAGUAAGUACAAAUGAAAAUAAAAAAAUGUAAAAUC